CCUUUUUUACCUGAAGUUUCGUCUCAGGUGACACCCCUUUUACCGGAAGUUUCCUCGUCUCAGGUAGAAGUUAUGGGAUUAGAGCGAGUAGAAGGUGAUGGACAGCAGGGAUUGCACCACUUCCAGGAACAAGGUGCUGAACAAGAACCUGGCUUGCAACAAGAUGCAGGACAGCAAGAUGCAGGAAUUACUAGUACAACUGCACUUGAUGUCAGAACGGAACCAGAAGAGCUUGGCAGCACCAUCGAGCAGCCAGAACUGGUCGACGUUCAUGCAACACCAUCUUCAGCAAAGUACUUGGGUUCAGAACACCUGCAAUUUGUACCUGAACAGCUUCAAGGGCCUCCCACUUCCUCGGGGUCCACCAGAUUUGCUGCUCCUGCUGCGGGGAGCUGCCCUAGUUUGAACCGAUGCACUGCUCCUGCUGCGGGG